GCGUCAAAUCGACGCGACCCAAAGAAGCCGCCAAAACGCCGCCACCAAAAAUAGCCUCAGAAAUUCUCCAGGAGCGCCCCCGAAAUCCACGCCCGUUUCAACACCGACAGAGCCAGCGCAGCAGUGGGCCCGGCUGUGCUCGCCGCGCGCCGCGCACCGGCCCCAUGUCUGCAAGAACGCGCACAGCGAUGCCCAUCUCCAAGGCGAAAAAUCUCACGCCUGUAGUUAUCCGGGCCACCACCAAACAUGGGCAAGUACAGAAAGAGGUUCAACGAGAAGGCGCGGCUGGGCAUGCUCGCCAAGCAGGCGGUGCUCAAGAAAGCCCGCAACAAGCAGUUCACGCGCCCCGCCGAGGACGCCGCGGAAGAGCCGGCGCCGGCGGCCCCGGAACCCAGCUCGGACGUGGCGGCAGACCCCAACGCGGAGAUCUUGCAGCCCAUGACCGCGGAGGAGAAGGAAGAGCGCAAGCGGCGGCUCGCGGAGACGCUAUAUUCGGAAAACGAGAGGGAGCAGAAGAUGUCGCGAGCCAAGCGCAAGCGCUUGGACAAGUACAUCGAGCACCAGAUCAAGCGCGAGGAGAAAAAGGUGUUGCUCGAGAAGCUCGCGGGCACCAAGAUGGACACGCGGCUUUUGGCGCCGCUGAAGCGGCUUGGCCAGGGCAAGCUGACGCGGAGGGAGGAGAUGAUCGAGGCCUUGGAGCUCGAGAGCCAGGGCCGCGGCGACGAGCGCACGCGGGGCAUUUUGUACGAGGAGCGGCACGUCAAGGACUGGGCCGCGGACCACGGGGCGGCGGCGGCGGACCCUGCGGCGGAGCCGGCGGCCUCCGCGGAGCCGGCCGACGCGCCCACGCGGUCGACGUUCGUGGACUUCCGGCCGCAGAGCGGCGGCUCGGCCGGCUUCGGCUUCUCCAAUCUCCCGAAAGUCGGCAAGGCCGUGUCGACGAAGAAGUACACCUGGAGAUUGAGGGUGGAGCAGGAGGAGAAGAAGCGGGCGAAGAUGGAGGACGACAACGACUUCAUGCUGAGCGAGGCCGAAGCCAGCGACGCGGAGCACCUGCCCCACACGGACUCGGAGCCGCUGGAUGCGGACGAGCUGGCGGGCUCUGAGUUUGGGGGCGACGAGAGUGACAACGAUGGGGGCGACGAGAGUGACAACGAUGGGGGCGACGAGAGUGAGAAUGACGAGAAGGACGGAAGUGAUGACAACGACGGAGGUGACGAAAACGACGACACCGACGGAAGUGACGACACCGACGAGAGGGACGUCCCCCGCCUCCUCCAGAACAAGCCCAAGCACUCCACAACGGCCGAGUCCUUCAAGCAGUGGGCCGAGCAGCAGGUGCGCCAGCUCGAGGGCCACAAGCACAUGGUCUUGCCGGAGCUCCAGCAGGACGUCAGGCAGAAGUACGCGCACGGCACGCACCAACACGAGGUGUCCGAGGACGAGGCCGCGGUGCCCACCGACCCCGGGCUCCAGCGGACCGCGUUCUUUGUCAGCGUGGACCGCGCCGCCGCCAUCCAGCAGCAGCGCAUGCAGCUCCCCGUGUUCAGCGAGGAGCACCGCAUCAUGGAGGCCGUGCACCACCACGACUGCAUCGUGCUCUGCGGCGAGACCGGCUCCGGCAAAACGACCCAGGUGCCGCAGUUCUUGUACGAGGCCGGCUACGGCAACGUGGCGUCGCCCGAGACGCCCGGCAUGAUCGGCGUCACGCAGCCGCGCCGUGUGGCGGCCGUGUCCAUGGCCAGCCGCGUGUCCGCAGAGCUCGGCCCCACGCACGGCUGCCGCGUGGGCCACCAGAUCCGCUUCGAUAGCUCCAUCAAGGACGAGGGCACGGCGGACGGCACGGCCUUGAAGUUCAUGACCGACGGAGUGCUCCUCCGCGAGAUGAUGGCGGACUUCUUGCUCCUCAAGUACUCGGCGUUGAUCAUCGACGAGGCGCACGAGCGCAACGUGAACACGGACAUCCUCAUCGGCAUGUUGAGCCGCAUCGUGCGGCUCCGGCGCCAGCGCGGCCGCCCGUUGAAGUUGGUGGUCAUGUCGGCCACGUUGCGCGUGGCGGACUUCUCGGAGAACACGCAGCUUUUCGCCUCGCCGCCGCCGGUGAUCCGCGUGGACGCCCGCCAGUUCCCCGUGGCCGUGCACUUCGACAAGAAGACGCGCGCCGACUACAUGGACGAGGCGUUCAAGAAGACGUGCAAGAUCCACCGCCGCUUGCCGCCCGGAGGCAUCCUCGUCUUCUUGACCGGGCAGCACGAGAUCACCGCGCUCGUCAAGCGGCUCCGGGCCGAGUUUCCCUUCAAAAAAGCCAGCGCCCCCGUGUACUCAGAGACCGAGAACGUCAAGUACCAGGCCAGCAACCAGGUGGCCAUGGAGGCCGAGGACGUGGACUUGGACAUCGCGUUGCGCGAGCGCCGCGCCGAGGAGCACUACUCCAGCGACCUGGCCGCCUCGGACUCCGAGGAGGAGGGCUUCGACGAGCCGCGCGACGCCCACCAGAGCGACGACGACCCGCUCUACGUGCUCCCGCUCUACUCGUUGCUCCCCACCUCGCAGCAGAUGGCGGUGUUCGACCAGCCGCCUGCAGGGAGCCGGCUCUGUAUUGUGGCCACCAACGUGGCCGAGACGUCGUUGACCAUCCCGGGCAUCCGGUACGUGGUCGACUGCGGCCGGUCCAAGGAGCGCAAAUUUGACGAGGACACCGGCGUGCAGUCCUUCGAGGUGGACUGGGUGUCCAAGGCGUCGGCGGACCAGCGGGCGGGCCGGGCGGGCCGCACAGGCCCGGGCCACUGCUACCGCUUGUUUUCGUCCGCGAUUUACGAGGAGUACUUCGACCAGUUCAGCCAGCCGGAGAUCCUUCGCAUGCCCGUGGAGGCCACGGUGUUGACCAUGAAGAGCAUGGGCAUCGACCACAUCGUCAACUUCCCGUUCCCCACGCCGCCGGACCGCGGCUCGCUCGCCAAGGCCGAGCGGCUCUUGGUCACCUUGGGCGCGUUGGACCAGGCCCAAAAGCACAUCACGGACUUGGGCCGCACCAUGGCACACUUCCCCUUGAGCCCGCGCUACGCCAAGAUCUUGAUCGUGGGCCACCAGCUCGACUGCUUGCCGUACGUUAUCGCCGUCGUGUCCGCGCUUUCCGUGGGCGACCCAUUCAUCGACGAGCAGGAGGUGGGCAUCGCGGACAAGCCGAAAACGGACCGGGCCAGCGACGUGUCCGAGGACGACCUCGACGCCGGCGAGGCACAGGCGGACCUCGAGAACCGGCGCAAGCUCCGCGCUCGUUUCUACAAGUCGCGGGCCGUGUUCUCGAGACUCGAUUCCUGCUCCGACGCGUUCAAGCUCCUCUCGGCCGUGUGUGCGCUAGACCACGUGCCCAAGAACAAGCACCGGGCAUUCAUGGCCGACCACUUCCUCCGGGCAAAGGUCAUGGAGGAGAUCCACAAGCUCCGCAAGCAGAUUGCGCACAUCGUGGAAGCCAACGUGCCGCUGCUUGCGGCGGCCAGCCGGCCCGGACGACAACAAAAGCUCGGCGUGCCCUCCAAGGAGCAGAUCUCGGCAAUGAAGCAGAUCAUCGCCUCGGGCUUCGUCGACCAAGUGGCCAUCCGAAGCGACGUGCUCGACGCGGACAUCAAGCUCUCGAAGCGUGCCGGCAUCAUCAGCGUGCCCUACUCGACCAUCUACCCGGUGGCGCUGUACGGCUCGGAUGUCGAGCCGCACGUGUACAUCCACCCCGGCUCCAUCAUUGGCAGCUCGGGCGCCACGCCGCCGCAGUACCUCGUGUACCAGUCGCUCAACCGCGGUCUGAAUCAGAGAGAGGGCCGGCUCGCCAAGUUGCGCAUGAAGCCGUUGGUGGAUCUUUCGGGGCGCCAGCUCACCAACAUCGCCAAGUCCUCGCUCCUCGUGACCUACUCCAAGCCGCUCGGGCAUCCGUAUGCACCAAAAACAAUCUCUGCGACGAAGAGGGAGUGUUAUGUGGUGCCGCGGUACGGGGCUGCGCUUGGAGACGGUGGGUUGGGCUGGGACUUGCCGGUCAUCAAGGUAAUUCAGGUGAAGAAGCACGGGCUGUGGGAGGUGGAGGAGAGCUGAGGAGAGCGGGCCUUUUGAGGCGAUCGUGGUGCAGCAGACCGUUGGAUGGCGGCUUGCCUCUCGUGACCAGAGCUUUGAUGCCUGAGGGCUCUUUCCGGUGUGGAGCGAGGAGACGGCGAGCACGGGUCUCUUUAUAAGAAGGGUGCAAGCCGCAGGGGACCCAAAGAGGCCAGGACGUCUCUUGUUGCUGGAGGUCUCAUCUCGGUAGUCGUUUGGUCGUUAUCAUAUAGAGGCAUGUAGGAGGUCAUAGUAAGGACACUCCCAAGUUUUGAACGGGCUUUGAGGCUUUAGACACACGGCCAAUGGCUCCGAAAUCAAACCGACUGAUGCGUGGUUUGCCGGGUCAGAAGGAAGCGCACG